UUUAUAAUAUUAGUGUAACUAUUUAUAAGUAUCAUCGUUUGUUGCAAUAAACACAUCUAAGUUUGAUUUCAAUCAUCUGUGUUUGAAGAUAUCAUGUUUAACAAGCAUGCAGUACUGAGUAUAGCAAUUUUGUAGCGAGAAUAGCUGGUGGUCAGCAAAGAAAUGACAACCGCUUCACAUUCCUUGGCACUAUUUUGGUGCGGAGUUACACUAGACGGGAUUUAUACUUACAGAUUUCUUAUUCUAUUGUUUGGGCUGCCAACAAACACUUAAAACAAGAAUACAAUAGAAUGAAAUGUAUAGUCCUACAUAUUUUAUAAUUUUUCCUGUCAUGUACAAUAGUUUGAAUUGUAAACAAUGAAAAGUUAUAUACCACCACUAAAACCAGAUUUAAGGAUGUUUUAACAUUUUGAAGCUGUAAAUUAGUGUUGUUUAAAAUUAUUGCGCUGGAAAUUCGAGAAAUACAUUAGUUGUCAAUGUAUUAGAGAGUCAGAAUAAGGAAGAGAGUGUGAGAGAGAGCGCAAAAAACCGAAGUAGCAAUAAGAACAUUUGUAAUAAUGCAAUAUUUCAGAGGUACAAUGGUAUUUAUGUAUGUGAUAUCUGAAGCUUAGCGUUUUACGCAACAAUUUACAAACACUAAAAUGCAGAAUAAGCAAACGAUUGACUGUUAGUUUCAUGUGGUAUUGAUACUUAAAAGAAAACAGGCCCUUAUAUGAGUUUUUGAGGGCUCUAUUUAUAGUGGAGUAGGAGAUGGUCGCUAAGUGGAGCUAUUAGGGUGGACCCCAGCCCCGGGGUGCCACGGCCGGGUUAUUGACUCGUCUAAACGGCUCGCUCCACAAAAUAAACACUUUCUAAUAUAUUGUCGCCCACGUCGCAAAAAAUUGCCUGUUUAUUGUUGUGGUUAAUAGAGGUUUGUUUGUAAAUGUGACACUUGCCGGGAGGGCUCUGGGGCACGGCCGACCUCUUCCAGUCAUCUAAAUCGGUUAGCUUUAUCGAAUAUAUACUUGUUCUUGGGUAGUUUUUGUGUUAUAGUAUUGUACGAAAUACAUAUUCAGCUCCAACUUUGUUUACCUGUCCAAUAUAAGUUUCGAGUCUGCUAUAUCUGCCUGCAGUUAUAAUUGAAUACAGUCAGUCGCCAGCCUAGGCUCUGACUGGUCUCCCUGUUGUAGGCUAAGAUACUUACUACUCGCAUUGUACGGUAUGUACAGUACACGUAUGAAAAAUUAACCUUAUUUAGCACUGCCUAUGUGCUAUUGCAGGUGACUUUACUAAUAGAUUAUGCCUUACAGAAUAUUCAUUCCUUCAACAUAAUUAUUAGCUAUCCAUAAUCGCUAUAAAAUAAGUGUAGGCUAAUUCCUAUGGAUAACGAUUUGGUUUUAGAUCUGAAUGGAUUUUACAAUUUGCGUCGGAUCAGACAAUACGUCAUAUGAAUGGAGCAUAUGUAAAUACCACGAAGUGGCAACGUCAAGUGAAUAUAGAUACUUGAUAAGUGUACCCUACUCAAAGAUAGCGUGUCAAGUACGGAAUGUACAGAGCAGGUAGAACAGAUGUUGGAAAACACUGGUCCCGUCGAGAUGUUGCCGACUCGGUGUGUGCUAGUGUUACUGUUACUGGUUCCCUGGGCCCGGAGCCUGGACGAGAGUAACAUCCACAGUGAGCAGUUCUGGCAGGAUAUCAACGCGGCGCAGGACCAAUGGCGCGCGGGCCGCAACUUCCUGCCGGGUUCGUUUGUCAAGAACAUGCUGAGUGUACUGCCCGCGAGACACGAGCGACUGCCUCAACGGACGGUGGACGUGAACGGUAACUUGCCGGAGAGCUUCGACGGUAGGGUCGUGUGGAAGAGGUGCAAGGGCGUGGGGAAGGUGAGGGACCAGGGGAACUGCGCGUCCGCUUGGGCCAUGGUGGCCUCCGCGGUGUUCACGGACAGACUGUGUGUGACCAAAGGCGGCAACACGGAGAUCUCCGCCCAGAACGUGCUGUCGUGUUGCAAGGAGUGCGGGACCAACUGUUACGGAGGUUACGUGUCCGACGCUCUCGUCUACCUCGGCAAGAGAGGAGCCCCGAGCUACAGAUGUCACCCGUACGAGAUCUACGGGUGCCCAAAGCCGGGUGCGUUGGACUGCCCCGCGGUGCGAGCGCUCAACCCGCGGUGUCGCACGAGUUGCCGCAGCUCCUACAACAAGAGACCGUACCAGGACGUGCGGCGGGCGGGCGGCGCCUACUCCCUGGCCAACACGACCGCGGUCAUCCAGAGCGAGCUGGUGGCCCGAGGACCGGUGGCGGCGGUCAUGGACCUGUACGAGGAUCUGCUGGUGUACAAGAGUGGAGUGUACUCACACACCGCGGGCCACCUGCUGGCACAACACCCCGUCAAGAUAGUGGGCUGGGGAACACAGGCGGGCACCCCCUACUGGCUGGUCGUCAACACAUGGAGUCCGGUCUGGGGCGAUCGCGGCAUCCUCAGGGUGGCCAUCAACACCAACGGCUGUCAUCUCGAGAACAGGGUGUUUGCUCUCAACCCCUGAUGUGUUGUGCAAUAAGUACGUUUUUUGUGCGGAGUGCUGUCUAUAACCUAUAACUAAUAUAGACAUUCGAGACAGUGUGUAAACCAUACUGAAUCAAAUUAUAUUACAUUUGAAUAAAAAAGGCAAUUUUUAGAGCCA